AUGUAUGAUGCACUCCUUUUGGCUGUUCCAAGAAAAUUCUGCACCUCCGAUUCAGGUGACCCUGAGCUCACAGUCCAGAGGGGGUCAGGGGAAGUCAAGAAGAGCUGGAGAGCCCAGAAACCAUCCGAAGACGUCAGAUGCCAAGAAAGCAGCAGCGGGGAAAAACCCGGCUGCGGCAACAGCCAAAUCCAAGCGCCCAGUGGCUGCCAUCCGCAGCUCGCCCAUCCUCGGCCUCGUUCCCGGCAGUCGGGGGUCCAGAGGUUCCCAGACCUCUCCCGGCUGCCAGCUGACAUACCGGAUCGGGCGAAACCGCCCGAGCCACCUAGACUCAUACCCAAGAACUUCCAGCAGUUCCUGGCCUUGAUGUUUGCAGUUAAAGAAGUCAAUGAGGAUCUGGUUCUCCUCCCCAACAUCACCCUUGGCUUCCACAUCCGAAACAAUUACCAAAUGGAGUGGCGGAUUUCUGCAAUCAGCCUCUCCCUGCUCUCCACCCGAGGCCGAAUGGUUCCAGGUUACAAAUGCGACAGGCAGGACCCUCUGCUCUCUGUCAUCGGGGGUGACAACCCCAAAUCCUCAAGGCUGAUGGCCUCCAUCUUCAGCCUCUUCAAGGUUCCACAGAAGGUGCCCUUUGCCAGGUGUGGCCUGAAGAGGUGCCAGGCAGGAGAGAGGAGGAGAGUCCCAGAGGGUGAACAAGUUUGUUGCUACCAAUGUGCCCCUUGUCCAGAAGGGACCAUCUCUAACCAGACAGAUUCCGCAAGCUGUGAUCACUGCCCAGAAGACCAACACCCCAACAAGGACAAGGACCACUGCAUUGCCAAGAAGAUCCACUUCCUUGCCUAUGAAGAGACCCUGGGAUAUGCUUUAGCUUCUCUCAUUCUUUCUCUCUCCAUGAUCACACUGGGAGUCCUGGUGGUUUUCCUUAAGCAUCAUGAUACACCGAUCGUCAAGGCCAACAAUCGAGAUCUUACCUACCUCCUUCUGGUCUCCCUCCUGCUCUGCUUCCUCUGCUCCUUCCUCUUCAUUGGUCGACCCACAAAACUCACGUGUCUCUUCCGACAAAAUACCUUUGCUGUUCUCUUUUCCCUUGCAGUUUCCUCUGUUUUGGCAAAAACUGUCAUGGUGGUUCUGGCCUUCAUGGCUACCAAACCAGGCAACAGGACAAGGAAAUUCUUAGGAAAACCUCUGACCAACUCCAUUAUCACAGUCUGUCCUCUAGUCCAAGCAGUUCUUUGUGCCAGCUGGCUGAUAACCUCUCCCCCAUUUACAAACUUGGAUUUCCAUUCCUUGACUGGAGAGACCAUUUUGGAAUGUCAGGAAGGCUCAGUUUCAAUGUUUUACACAGUACUCACCUACUUAGGUUUCCUAGCCCUUGUGAGUUUUACUGUGGCCUUUCUGGCUAGGAAGUUGCCAGAUAGCUUUAACGAAGCCAAGUUCAUUACUUUCAGCAUGCUGGUCUUUUGCAGUGUUUGGAUCAGCUUCCUCCCCACCUACCUGAGCACCAAAGGGAAAUCCAUGGUGGCUGUGGAGAUCUUCUCCAUCUUGGCCUCUGGGGCUGGUCUCCUGGCUUGCAUCUUUUUCCCCAAAUGCUACAUUAUCCUACUGAGGCCCCAUCUGAAUUGUAGAGAGAAUAUAAUGAGGAACAAGAAUCUCUGA